AUGGUGAAGGGUGUGCCCGGCAUGGAAAGGUAUCUCAGGCGCAGAGACCUUCCAAGUUUUUGUUGCUCCGAUGACUUACAUAAUCCCAGCGUUAGAUUUUAUCAGACGGAAACCAGACAAAAUCCCCGAGCCUGUGGUCUCAUACUAAACACAUUUGAUGAACUCGAUGCCCCAAUUCUUUUCGAGAUGCAUAAUAUCUGUCCCAAUAUUUACACUAUUGAACCACUGCACGCACAUCUCAAGGCCAAAUUAGCUGCCACUUCAUCAACACUAACUGCAUCCUCCAAUAGCUUAUGGGAAGAAGAUAGGUCCUGCUUGACAUGGCUCGACUCUCAACCGCUCAAGUCUGUGCUCUAUGUGAGCUUCGGGAGUCUGGCUAUAGUCAAUAAGGAUCAACUGAUGGAGUUUUGGCAUGGUUUGGUGAAUAGUGGUCAAAGAUUCCUGUGGGUGAUGAGGCCUGAUUCUGAGGCUGGGGAGAGUUGGUUUCCGGUGGAACUAUCGCAAGGUACUAAGGAGAGGGGAUAUAUUGUUGGUUGGGCACCUCAAGAAGAGGUGUUGGCUCAUCCGGCUGUUGGAGGGUUCUUGACGCCCAGUGGGUGUCACUCCUCGCUCGAGAGCAUACAUGAAGGGGUGCCUAUGAUAUAA